AGAAAAUUUUCAAUGAUUGUACUGGCGGCAUGCAUCUAACAGGGCCCAUGCUGUUCGUUCACGCGGGCAGGAUACCCUUUGUUCUGCUGAAGACGGGCGACAGUGGAUGCUAGCUCUAGUCACAACAAUCCCUGCUCCGGCGCCUCGAGACGGGUAGUUGCAGAACCUGGUAGGGUGUUGUCACACAAGUGGGAUGACAGUCAACACAACCCUCCCUCGAGCCGUCAUCUUUGUUGUCUUGGCGCGAGAGACUGUGUGAGGCCAGGGGCGAUGAGCGUCGCCGGGUCGUGUGUUGGGAUACAUGCCUGAGCAACGGGGCAGGAAGGGACGAGGUUAAGGACGGCCAGAAGGCAGCUGGGAGUGCGGGCCCACAGCAGAUUGAGGCUUGUGCCAUCGGCAACAGUCCGCAACCAAGGAGCUGUGUCGAGCAACCCACGCCACCUUUGGAAGCAGUGGAAGGGCGACCGGCUCGACUCCUCAUGGCCCUACCAUUCAAUAUCCCGUCAAGGGCCGGUGCAACCUGGUUCCAGGUUGGCAGUACCUCGUCGUUCCCCAAUAUCGCUGACUCGGGGUCCAGCACACUUGCAGCCUGUGGCGAUGCUGGCCAUGGCCCGCCCUGCAAGGUCUUUGAGAUUUCCGCCCCGGAUGCGGACCGGCCGAACCAGAUGACCGAGAUCGAGGAUCUCGACGACGCACCUCUUGCUAGCGCAUUGCAAGACCAGGUCCUGGUGUUCCAGUACCGAGGCAGGUUCCAUGCAGUCGAUAACAAAUGCCCUCAUUCCUCCUAUCCCCUGUCUAACGGUGCGCCCUUUGACAUUGAAGACUUUGGCGUCGUCCUCAGCGCCGGCCUGACAUGUCCUAAACACGGAUGGUCCUUUGACCUCUUCUCCGGCCGCGCUGAUCGCGGCAAUUACCGCCUCAAGCUGUGGGAGGUGCAGCUACGUCCUGCCAGCGGAACAGGCCCUGUCGUAGAUGGGAGACUGGCGAGUGCGGCGUCGACCGAGGAGCAUCAAGUGUGGAUCCGGCGAAAGCAGAGGAUGGGCUGAUGAGCUUGGCUGUAACUUUAUCGUGCUUGAGUGCACCACGGAGAGCCGCCCGAACAGCCAGAUUCUCAACCCGCGGCCUGUCAAGCAAGGUAUACAUGUGAUAGCAAAAUAUAAGGAAGAAAGGCUUCUCGAGACAG